AUGGCUAGGGCCAGUGGGUUUAUAAAGGAGAGAACGGAUAUUUUCUACGAUACCCUGACACAAAUAGUUGAUGAAAACAAGCUGCAGGCCUCUGACAUUUUCAAUGUCGACGAGACUGCGCUUUCAACCGUCCAGAGGCCACGUAAGGUUUUGGCUCAAAAAGGCAAACAUGAAGUGGGGUCAAUGACUAGUGCAGAAAGGGGUACCCUGACCACUGGAAUAUUUUGUAUGAGUGCAGCUGGUGUUUUUGUACCACCAAUGCUUGUUUUCAAAGGUUUGAGAUUCAAACCGGAAUGGAAAAUAGGAGCUCCUCCUGGGACCACGUUUGACAUGACUGAGAAUGGUUGGAGCAAUGCUGAGGUAUUUUUGAACUGGUUAAAAACCUUUGUGUCUUUUAUCAAACCUAGUAAAGAUAAACAAUGUCUCAUUAUACUAGAUGGCCAUACGUCACAUACAAAAAAUCUGGAGGCUAUAGAAUAUGCCAGAGAUCAUGGGGUCAUCUUGUUAUCCCUACCAUCACACACAAGUCACAGGCUACAGCCGCUCCAUGUCAGUUUCUUUGGACCCUUGAAAACCUAUUUCCACAAGGCAUGUGAAGUUUACUUUAGAACUCAUUUGACAAAAAUUACUGUAAGCCAUAUAAGCCAUCUACUGAACGAAAGCUAUCCAAAAUCAGCCGUCGUAGCUACGGCUAUAAAUGGCUUCAGAGCCACUGGGAUUUGGCCUAUAAACAAAGACCUUUUUGAAGAUCACGACUUUGCCGUUCAUACUAAUAUGCCUGUUGUCAUCAGGAACGACGCUGUCACAAGAGAUCAGCCAAAUGAUGACAUCAGACCUUCAACCAGCCAAAUUAUGAAGAACGGCUCUGACCGGCCUUUUAUGCCAGAAACCCCCUGUUCUUCUGCUUCCGUUGGAACCUCUAGAGCUAAGAAAAUCUAUUAA